AUGGAUUUUCAAACCAAAGAGAGCACGGUCAUUUCCCCCUUGGCUAGAAAUCUCUUCCAAAUCGCAGGUGUUGCGGGUGUUUUCCUUGGCCCCGAUUUUGUGACCGUUACUAAAGCUACUGAUGCCGACUGGGUUGUAAUCAAUCCCGACGUAUUUGCUUGUUUGAUGGACUUUUUCACUGCAGGAACUCCUGUUGUUAACGAUGUUUAUGAAGAAGAUGUCGAAGAGGAUGAAAACGAGGAUUCAACUGUAUCGAUGAUAAAGGAGCUCCUGGAUAGUCGCAUCAGGCCAACUGUUCAGGAGGACGGUGGUGAUGUCAUUUUCAUCGACUUCAAAGACGGUGUGGUGUACCUGAAAAUGCAGGGUUCCUGCACCAGCUGCCCCAGCUCUAUAGUUACACUGAAGCACGGGGUGCAAAACAUGCUCCAAUUCUACAUUCCUGAAGUGGAAUCCGUGGAACAGGUGGAAGACCCCGUCUCCCAGGAGGCCUUCGACAAGACUGAGGCUGCCAUUUCUGCUGCCAAUGAAGAGCAGGAGGGACAGUCUACUCCCACUUCCGGGAAGUUAGACCACUAG